AUGUGGAUGAAAUUCGACUGUCAGACUCUUGGUGAUUAUCACGACUUGUAUCUCAAGACCGACGUGUUUCUCUUGGCUGACAUCUUUGAGAAUUUCAGAGUAGAAGCUGUCAGAACGUAUCAGCUGGAUCCAGCAAAUUACUACACUCUGCCUGGAUUUGCCGCCUGGGAUGCUCUGUUGAUGUACUCAGGUGUGUCCUUGGAAUUACUAACAGACUAUGAUCAGCACUUGUUUGUAGAAUCAGGAAUGAGAGGUGGUGUGUCGAUGGUCUCACAACGAUAUGCUGCUGCUAAUAAUCACUAUCAGGAGAAAUUUGAUGCUGAUCAGCCAUCGUCAUUUAUCCAGUAUCUCGAUGCCAACAAUCUCUAUGGUUGGGCAAUGUCACAGCAUCUCCCAGUGUCUGAUUUUCGGAGGGAGAAACCAUCAGAGAAACUCCUGAACAAGAUACUGAAUACUCAAGAUGAUUCCUCAUCGGGGUAUAUCGUCGAGUGUGAUCUGGAAUAUCCACACGAACUUCAUGAGAAGCACAACGAUUAUCCAGUUGCUCCGGAAUGUCUUUCCGUCAAUGAGGACAUGCUAUCUCCAUACCAGCAGGAGCUUGUUGAUAAACUCAAUUCUUCCGGAGUAGAUGCUCUCAAACUUGUACCAAACUUGAGGGGCAAGACAAAGUACGUUCUCCAUUACCGAAACUUGAAACUCUACACUCAGCUCGGACUACGUUGUGUCAAAAUUCAUCGUGCUCUGAAAUUUACUCAGACACCGUGGAUGAGAAACUACAUCGAGAAGAAUACAGACCUCCGGAAGAAGGCAAAGGAUGAUUUCUCUAAGGACUUCUAUAAACUGAUGAACAAUGCGGUGUUCGGGAAAACUAUGGAGAACGUUCGGAGGAGAGUCAACAUAAAAUUGCUGAGAAGUCGUGAGGAGAAGAAAAUCAAACAGCUUGUUGCCAAACCAACGUACAACCGCCAUGUGAUCUUCAACGAUGACCUGAUCGGGGUACAAAGUAACAGGACAAAGGUCGUCCUCAACAAGCCCAUAUAUGUUGGGAUGUCGAUUUUGGAUCUCUCAAAGACACUCAUGUAUGACUUUUACUACAAUCACCUGAAAGUGAUGUAUGGCUCUGAUGUGAGACUCUUGUACACCGAUACAGACAGCUUGGUUCUUCAUUUCUUUACUGAUGAUCUGUUUCAUGACAUGAGUGAGUUUCUUGAGAAGUAUGAUACAAGCAAUUAUGAUCAAUCACAUCCGUUAUAUUCCGAGAAAAACAAGAAAGUUGUUGGCCUGUUCAAAGAUGAACUCGGUGGAAAACUGAUCACUGAGUUUGUAGGACUUCGUUCCAAGAUGUACAGUUACUCUGGUAGUAGCUAG